AUGACGCAGGAUGCACCAACGACAGAGGCAGCUGAGCUCGAAGUUGCUUUGAAAAGGAGCGACGCCGUCUCGGUGGAAGAGGAGCUGCCACCCGAGACUUUGUCAGAGCGGGUGCGCCGCGUCCAGCAGCAAUGGAGCCUCUUCCGCGCAGGGUUUUGGGAGCUCUGCUCCACCGCCGCCGUGCCCGGCGAUGUCGAGUCAAAGGACCCGGCAAACUGGGCCGCGGACGUAUCCGAGGCUGUCAUCAGACGCAGCUUCGAUUUUGCAACGAGGAGUGCCGAGCCUCAGGCUGUUUGGCAUCAUGGCGAGGUGCCGAAACAGACGGACUUUUCAGUGGUGGCCUGA